AUGUCCGCAGUCGAAAAGUUCCCUAUCCUCCUCAGCGAAGCAGAAGAAGAGAGCUCUGCUGUACCGCCGUGCUUUUCUGAUGAAGGCAUAAAUUAUCUUUACAUCCGCCAUAGCAACCUUUACCUCCUUGCAUUAACGAAACGGAACACAAAUGCCGCGGAGAUACUGUUAUUCCUCCACAAGAUUGUCGAGGUUUUCACUGAAUACUUUAAGGAGUUGGAGGAAGAGAGUAUUAGAGAUAACUUCGUUAUCAUUUAUGAAUUGCUUGACGAGAUGAUGGAUUUCGGAUAUCCGCAGACAACGGAGUCCAAGAUAUUGCAGGAGUACAUUACCCAAGAAUCACACAAACUUGAGAUACAGGCUCGACCGCCGAUCGCUGUUACGAAUGCUGUGUCUUGGAGAAGUGAAGGAAUUCGAUACCGCAAGAAUGAGGUCUUCCUCGACGUGGUUGAAUCCUUGAAUCUCCUAGUAUCUGCCAAUGGCAACGUUCUUCGAUCAGAAAUAUUGGGAGCAAUCAAAAUGAAAUGUUAUCUAAGUGGUAUGCCGGAACUAAGGCUGGGUUUGAACGAUAAAGCGAUGUUCGAAACAACAGGCAGAGCAACAAGAGGAAAAGCCGUCGAGAUGGAGGAUGUAAAGUUCCACCAAUGUGUUCGGCUAUCGCGCUUUGAGAACGACAGAACAAUAAGCUUCAUUCCUCCAGACGGAGAAUUUGAACUUAUGAGUUAUCGCUUAAACACUCAAGUGAAGCCCCUGAUAUGGGUAGAAUGUCUGGUGGAGUCUCAUUCAGGUUCGCGCAUUGAAUAUAUGCUUAAGGCGAAAGCUCAAUUCAAACGCCGGAGCACUGCGAACAAUGUGGAGAUUUUGGUUCCAGUCCCGGAAGACGCAGAUUCUCCCCGAUUCCGCACUAACAUAGGUUCUGUCCACUAUGCACCAGAGAAAUCUGCGAUAAUAUGGAAGAUAAAACAGUUCGGUGGAGGGAAAGAGUUCCUCAUGCGUGCUGAAUUAGGGUUACCGUCAGUGAAAGGGGAUGAUGAGCAUGGGGGCGGUAUGACUGGUGGCUUUGGUGGUAGCAUGGGAGGUGCUGGACAAACUGGAAAAGGCAAACGCCCAAUCAACGUCAAAUUUGAGAUCCCGUAUUUCACCACCAGUGGUAUCCAAGUACGAUAUCUUAAGAUCAUUGAACCGAAGCUGCAAUACCCAUCGCUCCCAUGGGUCCGUUAUAUAACCCAGUCAGGCGAUAUUGCAGUUCGUUUACCAGACGUGCAAUGA